CGAUUCGCUCUUAAAAGAGUAAUAACUUCCGCCAUUAACGAUAUACGAUAUUAGUCGUAGAGUUUCUAGAGGCCCAGCAAAUAUGAAUGAAGAUUAAGUGCACACAACGUGUUUUAGAUCAUUCAAAACCUCCGACGAGUGCUCUCUGGCCUGAAGUGACAUGUGGCCGCCAUCUUUGGAACUGCCAUGACCUGCCUCUUAGUUCCAACCAAUCUCAUAUACUUUUAGGUGAGUAAGAUGCAGGCGGGCUUUGCACAGCGAGUGAGGACAAUUUUGUCUUCGUUUUUACACAAUGAAACAGAUGACAAGAAAAAGGAACUGAAAAAUGGACAUGCCGUAGAAGAAGGAGAUCAGUCUCCUGCUCCAAGCAGCUCACCCUGUGAGGCAGGUGUCACAGCCAGAUCUGGUGAGGUUCAGCUGCCAACACAUGCCAGGGACAGGACUGCUUACUUCCACAGAGUGGAAACAUACUCAGCUGUGAGCUGGUUUGCUAAACCUCCAUCUCUCUGCCCUCUGCAGUGUGCCAGGUAUGGCUGGCAGAACGUGGACACAGAUAUGUUACGGUGUGUCAGUUGUAAGGCAGUGCUCUGUGCCUCUCUACCCAAGACUUAUGAUCAUGAUGUUUAUGAUGAGAGUUGUAAAAAGAUAGCAGAAUCCCUGGUGUCUUCCCACAGAAAGAUAUGCCCCUGGCCUUCUAACCCAAGCCCAGUCCACUUUAUGUCCAUUUUAUAUUCUGGGCGAGAUGAAGCACUUGAUGACCUUUUGUCACGACAUCAAAACCUGAAGCAGCUGGGAUCACAGCUUCCCAAACUUGAUAUACAGGCAGACCAUGAGCUAAGUGGUCCCAGUGUACAAAAUCUUUUUAAGAUUGUGAAGCAGCAAGGCAGCAGUGGAGGUUUUAAUCUAGACUCAGCUCUCACAGAUCAAGUAAGCUGUGUGCUGGCACUCUGUGGCUGGGACAUAAGUUCUUUGAAGAAGACGGAUAUCCUUAUUUGUCAUUUUUGCAGAAGGCAGAUAGGUCUAUGGAAUUUUUUGUCCCAUAGUUCUUUAGAACAGGAAACAGAUCAAAGCUCUCAGUCUGUGAUAGAAAAUGGCAGCCAUUCCAAGAAAGAAGGUAGCGCUAGUCCAAGUCCAAAGAAAAGGAAGUUUUUGAAUGACUCCAUAGCAAAGACUUCCUUCAACCCCAUUGGUGAACACAGAUCUUGGUGUCCGUGGAUAACGAGCACUCAGCAAGACAAGAGCAAUUCACAGAAAUCUGACCAAAGAGAGGUGGUGUCUAGCUAUGUAGGUGAUGAAGAUAGUAGGCCGGGCUGGAAGAGACUUCUAGAUUGGCUUGUUCCUAAUUCUGCAAGCACAGAUAAAUUGACUCCUAAAUUUGUGAGAAAUGUGAAAACGACACCUCCCAGUGAAGGCCUUAAAAAUAUCCGAAAGGUUCUACAUGACUGGUCUUCUCCAACGAUAGGAAAACUGUGAUGAAGAUUUGUAAGCAGUUUAAUUAGGCCUCAGAACCAUUUGAUCAACAGAAAUGAAGUGUGUAGUUUCACUGUAGUUGGUUGUCUUCAACACAUGGAUGUGUCAGCCAGAAUUGCCUUCAAGCAGGGAUAUUGAUGAAGCAUGUGACACUGAGCCUUCCAUUUAACUCAUUCCAGUUAAAAUAUGAGGAAGUAGUGUUAUUGAAGAAGCUCAACUGAUCCAGUUAUCCAUGGAAUUUCUAGAAAGUACCCGAGUGUAUUGAAGGUUUGUGCUUACAUGCGUCAAGCUUCAUAUGGAUUUUCUUGCAACACAGUACUUUGGAUUUGUCAUGAAUUCGAGUGUUGACAUUCAGUUUUGCUCAGUUUUUUGUGGCAGACUUUUCCAGUCUUGAAGUAACCUCAUUACUGUUACAAAAAAUUUUAACAAGAUUUUGCCCCCAUUUUCUUAUCUUCAUUUCAUUAAGAUUCUUUAUUUUUAUUUUAGUCUCAUUUAAAGACUGCGGUCAAAGUCAAAGUAAGUGGGGCAAAGUAAUAAUUGCAUUUAAGUGCUGUGAAAUAUAUUAAAAGCUUUCUGGUAAGAAUAAAAUUUUUAAUUAUGACAGAAA